AUUUACAGGUUUGAAUCAUGGCGUAUCUAACGCUGGGGUCCGAGGCACGGUCGUUUGAGCUGGUGGGAGAUUCGAUGCUGAAACGCCUAUACAGGUUCUACCAUGGAGACAACAGUAAACGUAAUAUUGGCUUCUGCAUCGGUGGGAUAACCAUGUCCCAACUAGCCAACCGACUAGCUGGGAGGACUGUGAAUCAGGAUGUCAUUCUGCAGAUUGGAACUAAUGAUCUUCUGGUUGAAGGUGUCGAAUUGGACAUAGAAAAGCUGAAACUGGAAAUGAAUAAUCUUAUUGCUGUUGUCAAAGAGUCAGGAGCUGAUAAUAUAACUAUCCUGACCCUCCCUCCAAUACCCUCCUGUGGGUACAGAAAUGGCGUCUUAAAAAUCUGGAAGGCAUUCAACAAGUGGAUUCUUUCAGAACUACCUUCUGAAGAGAGGAACGUGUCGGUUGUCAACACUGGGAAAAUAUUCUACUCUUUCACCAAAAAUCACUUCAAGAAGGAUCUGUUCAACGAUGACAUGCUCCAUUGGAAUGCACAAGGAAUGGACUUAGUGCUACAGAUGCUGGACGAGUCACUGUAGCAAAAGAGCUGUACUCUAGCCAAACAAAAUAGAGGAUAAGUAAACCUAAAGAUCUUUCAAUAACUUAAUAGAAAGUGGUUAUUGUCAGAUUAAGUUUUAGCAGUAUGUAUGUGAUUCUAAUGGAAAUAUUAUUUACGUGUUGAAGAGGUGAAGGUGAUGUUGAGGUGAGAAAAUAAAAAAUUUAUUUGA